UGACAUAACUACACGUGAAAAAACGGGAACAGGAACCGAGGGAAGGAGACAUGAGACCGCUGCUGCCGCGCUGCUCGCUCGCUUCACUGGCGACAGUUUUCGGCUCAAUUUCCGCUUCUCGAAACAAGCUGGUGACACAAACAGCAGCGGUCCCUCCUCUGCUUUAUUUCAGAAACACGAUGCACUACCAGACGGAGGAGAGAGGACGGCCUCAUUCUCCCGACUACCGGAUUUAUUUUAAAACAUCUGAAGGCAAAUACAUUUCACCAUUCCACGACAUCUCACUCAUAGCAGAGACGGAACAGGACAAGGAUGUUCCAACUAAAAAGCCCAAGAAGAAUGAAAGUGAGGUGCUCUUUAACAUGGUAGUGGAGGUGCCUCGAUGGUCAAAUGCUAAAAUGGAGAUUGCAACUAAGGAACCGCUGAACCCGAUCAAACAAGAUGUAAAGAAAGGGAAGCUCCGGUAUGUUGCCAACAUAUUCCCCCAUAAAGGUUACAUUUGGAAUUAUGGGGCGCUCCCACAGACAUGGGAGGACCCAGACCAUACAGACAAAGAGACAAAGUGUUGUGGUGACAAUGAUCCCAUUGACGUUUGUGAGAUCGGCACCCAGGUGUGCUUUCCAGGUCAGGUGAUCCAAGUGAAAGUGCUUGGCAUCUUGGCCAUGAUCGACGAGGGGGAAAUGGACUGGAAGGUCAUCGCUAUCAAUGCUAAGGACCCAGAUGCAAAAAACCUGAAUAACAUAGAGGAUGUCCGUAAGAGCCGGCCUGGUCAUUUAGAGGCCACUGUCGACUGGUUUAGGAAAUACAAGGUGCCUGAUGGAAAGCCUGAGAACCAAUUUGGGUUCAAAGGACAAUUCAAAGACAAGGACUUUGCAGUGGAGAUCAUUAAGUCCACUCAUGAGCACUGGAGGGCACUAGUGCAGAAGCAGACAAACAGCGCAGGGAUUGAAUGCAAAAAUAUCUCCUGCUAUGAGAGUCCUUCUAAAUGCAGUGCAGAUGAGGCCAGAGAUGUGGUGAAAUCGGCUCCUGCAUUCGACAGCGCACAUCCAGUUUCCCCAGAUGUGGACAAGUGGCAUUUUGUCUGAAGACCUAAAGACAACAUGGAACCAACAAACCCGUUUGAAGCAGCUGCAUCUUUCGAUGCAGGUGGAUUUAUUGUUGGUAAGGCCUCAUUCUCAGCUGUAUAAAGUGCCAUCUAAGUUUAUUAUCCUGUAAAAUGUGUAGUCAUCUGAUUGUUUUUAUUAUUAUUUUUGGAGUACAUCACAAAUAAUUUUCCUUUCUAUUAAAUUGUAAAUUAUAUUGUAUAAGCCCUGUGGUAUUUUUUGGUCAAAUAUCCAGGUCCAUCCUUGUAAAAGACUGAAAGUCAUGCUAAUAUGCUUUAAUUUGCCUUCAAGACUUAAGUCAGUUCUUACUAGUUACCACAAACACAUCCCUAUUUGUAUGUAACAAUUAAACAAUUUCUGUUUCGAUAAAUAAAAGUGUAAAGUCUG